AUGGAGCCUUCUCCCACGCCGGGGCAGUCGGAGACCACGCGCCUGGUGAGCCCCCGGGACCGCGGAGGCGCCGGCGCCCUGCGCUUGAAAAGUCUCUUCACAGAACCCUCAGAGCCCCUUCCUGACGGACCCAAGCCUGAGGGAAUGGCCAACCACCGCUGCCACAGGAACCCGUUACCACAGUCAGGCCUCACUCCUGAGAGGCAACACGCGAGGAAGCAGCUGUACGCUGCCUCUGCCGUGUGCAUCCUUUUCAUGACCGGGGAGGUGGUGGGUGGGUAUAUGGCGCAUAGCCUGGCCAUCAUGUCCGAUGCAGCUCACUUGCUGGCAGAUGUGGCCAGCAUGUUGGGCAGCCUCUUCUCCCUUUGGCUUUCUACCCGGCCAGCCACCCGCACCAUGACCUAUGGUUGGCACCGCUCAGAGACUCUGGGGGCCUUGGCCUCUGUCUUCUCCCUCUGGCUGGUCACUGGCGUCCUCCUGUACCUGGCCUUCGUCCGCCUGCUGCACAGCGACUACCACAUCGAGGGCAAAACCAUGCUGCUGACCGCCAGUGUUGCAGUCUGUGCCAAUCUUAUAAUGGCCUUUGUGCUGCACCAAGCUACCCCCCAUCACAGCCAUGGGCCUAGGGGGGCUGGAUAUGCACCUCUGGAAGAGGGAUCUGCAGACCCCUCGUCCUUGGGGAGGAACACCAGUGUCCGGGCAGCCUUUGUGCACGUGCUGGGGGACCUCCUGCAGAGUCUUGGGGUUCUGGCAGCUGCCAUCCUCAUCUACUUCAAGCCUCAAUACAAGGCCGCCGACCCCAUCAGCACCUUCUUCUUCUCUGUCUGUGCCCUUGGAUCCACGACCCCCACUCUCCGAGAUGUUCUUCACAUCCUCAUGGAAGGUGCCCCCCGCUGCAUAGGAUUUGAACCUGUACGGGACACACUGCUGUCGGUGCCAGGAGUCCGAGCAACCCAUGAGCUGCGUCUGUGGGCCUUGACGCUCAGUUACCAUAUUGCCACUGCACAUCUGGCCAUUGACUCCACAGCUGACCCUGAAGCCGUCCUGGCUGAGGCCUCCUCCCGCCUCUACUCCCGCUUUGGAUUCUCCAGCUGUACCCUGCAGGUUGAGCAAUACCACCCUUCGAUGGACCACUGCCUGCGCUGCCAGGAGCCCCGCGCCUGA